UGUGAGUUAUUUUUAUUGCUCUCAUUUGUCAUGUUACAGCCUUCUCUUUUUAUGUCCCGACAUUCCUGGAGAAAUUACUCCAAUUACUUUUUACUUCCGGGUUGCGCGCUAUCAGCAGUUCAUUUAUCAAGCUAAUGUGAGCUAGCCGCCUUUUUGUUAACGUCAUUAGUUUAUUUAAGAAGAAACCGGAGCUCUUUCGUCUGGAAACUUCACACCAACAACUCAGGUCAUUUUUACUCCAUAAAGCCACAAUGCAUGGACAGUGAUAGUGACGUCUCAAUCAAGGGAUGUGGAUGGGAAAGUCAACACCAAAAGCUAAUUUCAAUUACACGUCAUCCCUUGACAGCUCCCUGAAGAGGCCUCACUGUUGCUUUUUCACCACAUAAUCCAUCAUGUCAUUACCAAAGGAGUCAGGGAAUCGAGGGAAAGAUCGAGAGAGGGGGGCCCGUCCCAAGGUGAGACAGAGCCGCUCAGAGGAGAGGCGAGAUGCAGGCAGUGGACGGAAAGGUGGAAAGGGGAAGAAAAAAGGCCUUGCUUCCCACGAUCCAGCAGCUGAGAGGCCCGUCAGUGAUGGCUUUGAGUAUGGUGAGCUGUUGAGUGACCUCGAGACAAGGGACCAAUCUUCCUCCUCUCCCCUGAAGGAGACUUGGAGAUGGCAGGGCUUGGAAGCCGCUGCCUCAUUACUAGGACAAGAGCGAGUAAUAGCCAAGCCAGGACUGGGAACAGUUAGCUCUGGUACAGAGUCACCUGUAUCCAGUGAUGGCGAGGGCAGAGGGUCAAGCAGCAGUCGCACUCUCCGGCAAAAAAUCCAAGAUGCAAUGGGGCAGUGUUUCCCAAUAAAGACACACAGUGCAGCGACACCAGCGCCAUCUCCACAGGCUCUUUCGUCAUCCACUGCUUGUGCCUCCUCGAGGCGCAAGAUCCAUCUCAGUGAGCUGAUGUUGGAUGACUGCCCUUUCCCUGUAGGAUCAGAACUGGCUCAGAAGUGGUAUCUCAUUAAGCAACACACGGCCCCCAUUACCCAGCCUCCCAUUCUUGAUUCUGCAGUAGUGUGUAGUGCCCCUACUCCAGCAAUGGCCACCGUGGUGGAGGACGUUGAUGACAGGUUGCGAGAGCGCAGGCGCAUCAGCAUCGAACAAGGUGUUGAGCCACCACCCAAUGCAGAGAUCCACACGUUCGAGGUGACGGCCCAAAUUAACCCUCUCUACAAGCACGGCCCGAAGCUGGCUCAUGGUAUGAAUGAGUUGUCCGGGGCUGACAGAGCCUCCACUCAUCAGCAACAGCAGCUUCUUCUCCAAAGACAGCAGCAGCACCAGCUCCUUCUACAGAGCUGUUUGGACACUCUGGAUGAAGUGGUGGCCUCAGCAUCAGCCUCUGUCCACACCAGUGAUACCAUCCCCGACACUCUGGUUGACCCAGAGGUUACAGCGACCAACGUGCCCUCUAGAGCCGUAGUUCCUCCGAGUGAGCAUCCCAAAUCUCACGACGGCUACCGCAUCCACACUCAGAUUGAUUACAUUCACUGUUUAGUUCCAGACCUGCUGCAGAUCACCAACCUCCCGUGUUACUGGGGGGUGAUGGACCGCUAUGAGGCAGAGACGCUGCUAGAGGGAAAGCCCGAAGGCACCUUCCUUCUACGUGACUCUGCCCAGGAGGACUACCUCUUCUCAGUUAGCUUCCGCCGCUACUGCCGCUCGCUACAUGCACGCAUUGAACAGUGGAACCACAACUUUAGCUUCGACGUGCACGACCCCAGUGUCUUCCAUGCGCCCACGGUGACGGGACUGCUGGAGCACUACAAGGACCCCAACUCCUGCAUGUUCUUCGAGCCCCUGCUGUCUAAUCCCAUCCAUCGCACACAGCCCUUCUCCCUGCAGCACAUCUGCCGAGCAGUCAUAAGCAGCUGCACCACCUACGAUGGCAUUAACAUGCUUCCCAUUCCAAAUGCUUUGAAAAAGCACCUGAAAGAAUACCACUAUAAGCAGAGAGUACGUGUACGGCGAAUGGACACCUGGUGGGAAUGAAGGACAACAAAAAAAUACAGACUAAAAUUGACUACUACAUACAGUUUUAACACUCACUGAACUGAACAAUAAGUCUUGUUCCUCACUCCAACUGGUUGCAUUAACCUACACUACAAUGUACUUAUUUAUUUUAUU